AUGUCGCAGCCCGCGUCUACCCGUCGUCGGCCUGGUGCUGCUGCCACCACUGCUCUUCCUCCUCCAGAUGCCGAUGCCGACUCCAACUCCGACGCCCAUCUCUACUCUCAAUACGCAUCCUCGCCGCCCGCCAGUCCGCAGCGACAGCCUCCCCCUCCUCCGACCUCUCGCCGCCCCGACAUCCAACAGCACGACGUCGCUGCCCAGUCGCAUGAUUGGCGCCCGGAUCAUACUCUCCCGCACGAAUCGCAGUCUUUCCACGACUUGCACGCGGCAGAACGUCACUCGCCACAACCCAACAAGCCUUUGCUCCCACUGCCAUCAACACUCGGCCCAGGUCCAAGAUCGCCGCGUCCUCCCGCACCGAGUCCCCUCUCUUUGAGCCAUCAGUACGAUACUCGCUCCUCCAAUAAUUCACAAGAGCGCUCCGACCGCACGCCUCCUGCACCUGGCCGCCACCACCAGCCUGUUGCACAGGCAACCUUUUACUCGGAGUCGUCAAACCCUUCGAGCCCAGAGGAGGAGAUUGCAAGCCCGGGUUUUCCAAAUGUGUCAAACGACAACCGCAGCGUCUCCGACCCACUGACUUCCAAGAAAGCUGUCGCGGCCCCGGCACCCUCCAGUCUUGCCAUGGAAGCGCCGAUUGCAGCUGCCCCUGCCGGCGCCACGAAGCCAAUGCCGAGAAACUCAUCUCUUGACACGGCCAUCUCAGCCAUGUCGAGUCAGGGCCCAACCGGAAACCCUUCCUCUAGCUCAUCUCCACAGUCAGCCGAUAUUGCUCAUCUGAUCAAGACUGCCGGCAGCCCAGAAGCUGUCAUCAAGUACUUGUUGAAGGAAAAGCAAUCUCAGUCGCAGCAAAAUACUCAACUAUGGAGACUAGUCGACAAGCAGCGAGCAAUGAUCCAUGGCCUUAACAAGGAUCUCGAGGCUGCCCUCAAAGGUAAAGAGCGAUAUAGGCAGAAGCUCAAGGAGUUUAUGACCAAUCCGUCCGUUCUUCGGGCAACCGCAGGCCGCCCAUCCGAAGGUGGCACCAGGGAAUCUCGCCCUGCUCCUCGCGUGGACGUGGAUAGGCAUCACGGCUUGAACCCCGACUCCCCCGUGCUCGAAUCAGAUAGCCAAAAGGGCUCUCCCAUUGAUCUCACAAUGGCACCCUAUCCCAUUACGCCACCAGCCGACCGCCCACCAGCACCGCCGGCUGGCGUUGCUGAGAUUCUCGAUCCUUCUCGCUCCAUGCCAAAGCCUCACGAGCACGCCGUCAACAACUAUGACCACGAAGCCGAGGACAGAGCCGAAGAGCAGGCACGUAAGCAGCGCAGCGAGGAAAAGCUGCGUGAGAUUCCAUUCAACGCAUCCCUCCCACCUUCGCGAAGCUUCCCGAGUGAACCGCCCAAGGUACCGCCACCGCAGCUCCCGGCUGGUCCAGAAUCUCCGCCACGCAAGGGUGAGGCUAUUACCAAGUCUGCUGUGCCCCCUCGCAAAGGCCCCCCUGCACCUCUUCAGCUGCCCAAAGCCCGGCGCAAGUCAUCACCGCCUCCUGUUGCUGAUGGCUCCGACUCUGAAUCAGAAUACGACGACAUAUUGGAUGUUAACAAGGCUGCUCCCACUGACCGUGGUCGGCGUCUCAUGAGAGAGGAUGGUAGCGACGAAACCUCGCACCGUGACACACCGGACCUGACGGGCACGCCAGAGAAUGGUCGUCCGUUGGCUCCUGUUCUUGGUAUUGACGAACCCAGUCCGACACAGGCUGCUCCCAAAGUCAACGGGCCCGAAGCUGCCACCGCUUCCCUCGCAGCUGUGUUGAACAAUGAGCGAAGUCAUGUGCUGGCAUUACCCCUGAUGAGCCCUGGCCUGCCCAUGAGCCCACGGCCUACAAAGGCUCGUGGCCAAUCCCCACCACUCUCGCCGCGAGGCCAAAUGCCACUCUCGCCACGGAACCAGAUGCCACUCUCGCCGAGACUGCCUCGCCAGCCUAUUCCUCUACCCCCAAACACUCCUCUGAUAACUUCUUCCACCACCUCGUCCAUGGAACCUCAGCCUAAGCAAGGCUCGCCACUUAACAUUCCGAAAAUACGCACGGUCGAUUCAGAUGGACAAUCGCCCACGGACGACGAGUCAAGCCCAACAGAAAGCCGGCCAAUCUCCAAAGGCCUCGCUACGGAGGAGUAUCCUGACUUGCUGCUACCGCCAAAUGCACUUCCAUCCGUCGACAUCAAGGUUGCAUCAUCCCGAAUGAAGCCGUCCCGCGCUAGCUUGCUCUCCCUCAACCAGCUGGAAGAGGAUCCGGUUUUCACUCUCGCUGUCAUCUCUAGAGCCGAUCGCAGCGAGCUGUGGCGGGUGGAAAAAGACACAUCCUCUCUGUCAAAGCUUGACCAGCGGUUGAAGCAAUGCCAGACCUUUACAGCCAAGACGCCAGAGAAGUCACUAUUCAGUGGGCAUUCACCUGCCAAGCUUGAUGCUCGUAGACAGGCUCUUGAGACUUAUAUGGACGAGCUACUCAACACUCAGUUGGACGAGGCCACGGCUAUUGAGCUGUGCAAAUAUCUUUCUACCAACACGCUUCCGCCCAAUGCUGACGAGAUUGGUGCCGUUGCCAAGCUGAGCCCAGACCACAGCGCGCAAAAGAUCGGACCUGACGGGAGAGCCGUGCGAACUGGUUAUCUCACGAAAAAGGGCAAGAACUUUGGAGGCUGGAAGGUCAGAUUCUUUGUCCUGGAUGGCCCUAAUUUGAAAUACUAUGAAUCUCCCGGCGGUCCUCACCUUGGAACCAUCAAGCUGCAAGGGGCUCAGAUUGGAAAGCAGUCGCACAGUGGCGAUAACCAGUCGCCUGUCCCGAGCAGCAGCGGAGAAGAGUUCGACAACCAGUACAGGCAUGCCUUUUUGAUUCUUGAACCGAAGAGAAAGGAUUCAUCAAGCCAUGUCAAGCACGUACUUUGCGCAGAGGACGACGGGGAGCGCGACCACUGGGUCGAUGCUCUGCUCCAGUGGAUCGAUUUCCGGGAUCCCGACGAUACUGAUGGCCAACCAUCCAAAUCCGCCACUAAUGACCGACCGCAUCAAGAACCAACUGGCGCAAAUAAGCUCAAGAAGCCUUCGCAGGCACGAGCUGCCUCUCAUCAGGUUGGAGAGUCCGACCCGCUGAUUGGCGUUCGUUAUGACUCGACCAAUGCUGGCCAUGCGCCGCAGCAUGGCAACGCGCGCCCCAAGAAUGCUCCUGGUCUCUCUGAGCAGCCUAGCCUGCAGAACUUGGGAGGUGAUGGUCCCGCCAUCUCCAAUCCCAAGCUUAUUUCAGGUCCCAAGGACCUGCACUUGAUCUCGGAUGCGUCCGCAUGGGGUAACAAGCUCGGCCCUCCCCAGCCCUCUGUCGAAGAUAAGAAGCAGAGAAAGCGUAGCUUCUUCGGGUUUGGACCCAAGACGAGAUCGUCGUCGGACGGUCAGGAAUCCUUGGCCGGCAGUGAAAGUGGAGCGCUGUUUUCGCAAGGGCCGGCAUUCCACGUCGGACAAGUUUUCGGGUCGUCGCUGGCUGAAGCUGUGCAGUUCCAUCCACCGAGGGAUGCUGAUGUGGCAUUGCCGUCGGUCGUCUAUCGCUGCAUCCAGUACCUGGAGGCCAAGAAUGCUCUCAACGAAGAGGGUAUCUUCCGUCUCAGUGGUUCGAACAUUGUGAUCAAGCAGAUCCGCGAGAGAUUCAACCACGAGUCGGAUAUCAACCUCAUUACUGACGAGCAUUACUAUGAUAUACAUGCUGUGGCAUCGCUGCUGAAGCUGUACCUGAGAGAGCUUCCUUCGACUAUUCUCACGCGCGAUCUCCAUCUCGAAUUUUUGAACACGACGGAGCUUUCGGAUCGGGACGAAAAGGUUGCAAUAAUGGCCCAUCUUGUUCAGCGAUUACCGGAAGCCAACCUGACGCUUCUCAAGUACCUCAUCUCGUUCCUCAUUCGAAUUAUCAACAAUUCGGACGUGAAUAAGAUGACAGUACGGAAUGUUGGCAUUGUCUUCUCACCAACACUCAACAUUCCUGCGCCCGUGUUUGCUACUUUCCUGCAAAACUUUGAAGGAAUCUUCGGCGUCGAUCCCGAAGAAAGUUGCGCCUCGACCAUCGACAUCGUCAGGAAGUACCUCUUCUCCUCACAGACAGGCAAGAGUGGAGGCCGUCCGGGCGCCGUCGAGAUCGACUCCCACGCCGCCGCUUUUACAGAGCAGGGGUCCCGCCCGGCAGUCACCGACGCCAUCCACGGCUUCUAA